AGCGAGGGGCCCCACAUUCUCCGGUGAAGAGAGUCCCCUCUUUUCCUAUAAAUACGUGGCCAGAGUCUGGGAGUCACUUACUCCUUCAAACUUCAGAAACCCAAAUCAUACACUUCAACGUGUUCGGUGUCCAAAGUUUUCAGGGCCUUACGUGUAGUUGCCUCCUACUUCCUCUGCUGCUCCCCUUAUCUUCCAUUCUUCUUGGGCUAGUUUGUUCUCCCUUCUUCCCUGUUUCGGUGUUUUUUUGUCGAGUUUCUAAGUUUGUUAUACUUCUGAACAAUGUGUGGAAUACUUGCCGUUCUGGGUUGCUCCGAUGACUCUCAGGCCAAGAGAGUCAGGGUUCUCGAGCUUUCUCGCAGGUUGAAGCACCGUGGCCCAGAUUGGAGUGGUCUGUACCAGCAUGGUGACUGUUUCUUGUCCCAUCAGAGGCUGGCUAUUAUUGAUCCUGCUUCUGGAGAUCAACCUCUGUUUAAUGAAGACAAGUCCAUUGUUGUCACGGUCAAUGGAGAGAUUUACAACCAUGAAGAACUCAGGAAGCGUCUGCCGAAUCACAAGUUCCGAACCGAAAGUGAUUGUGAUGUCAUUGCUCAUCUGUACGAAGAGUUUGGAGAGAACUUUGUGGACAUGCUUGAUGGCAUGUUCUCUUUCGUGCUGCUGGAUACCCGGGACAACAGCUUUAUUGUUGCUCGUGAUGCUAUUGGAAUCACUUCCCUCUACAUGGGCUGGAGUCUUGAUGGCUCAAUUUGGAUUUCAUCAGAACUGAAAGGAUUGAAUGAUGAUUGUGAACACUUCAAGUCCUUUCCACCUGGUCACCUCUACUCUAGCAAAACAGGUGAACUAAAGAGGUGGUACAACCCCCCAUGGUUCACAGAGUCCAUUCCAUCUAUGCCAUAUGAUCCUCUUGUUCUGAGGCGUGCCUUUGAAAACGCUGUGAUCAAAAGGCUGAUGACUGAUGUGCCUUUUGGAGUUCUUCUAUCUGGAGGCUUAGAUUCAUCUUUGGUUGCCUCUAUCACUGCUCGUCACCUGGCAGGCACAAAGGCCGCCAAGCAAUGGGGAGCACAACUCCAUUCUUUCUGUGUUGGAUUGGAGGGUUCGCCAGAUUUGAAGGCUGGAAAAGAAGUUGCAGACUAUUUGGGAACAGUUCACCAUGAAUUCCAUUUUACUGUUCAGGAUGGAAUUGAUGCCAUAGAGGAUGUUAUAUACCAUGUUGAAACAUAUGAUGUUACCACUAUUCGAGCCAGCACCCCUAUGUUUCUCAUGUCACGUAAGAUCAAGUCUUUGGGAGUCAAGAUGGUGAUUUCUGGUGAGGGUUCUGAUGAGAUUUUUGGUGGAUAUCUGUACUUCCACAAAGCACCCAACAAGGAAGAGUUUCACCGUGAAACUUGCAGAAAGAUCAAAGCACUGCACAUGUACGAUUGCCUGAGGGCAAACAAAUCAACAUCUGCCUGGGGCUUAGAAGCUCGAGUCCCUUUCCUGGACAAAGACUUUAUCAAUGUUGCAAUGAGCAUUGAUCCAGAGUUCAAGAUGAUAAAAAAGGACGAAGGCAGAAUUGAGAAAUGGGUCCUCAGGAAGGCCUUUGAUGAUGAGGAGAAGCCUUAUCUGCCAAAGCACAUCCUGUAUAGACAGAAAGAACAAUUCAGUGAUGGUGUUGGGUACAGUUGGAUUGAUGGCCUGAAAGCUCAUGCUGCUCUACAUGUCAAUGACAAGAUGAUGCAAAAUGCUGCACAUAUCUUCCCACACAACACUCCCACUACAAAGGAAGGCUACUACUAUAGAAUGAUUUUCGAGAGGUUCUUCCCACAGAACUCGGCUAGGCAAACUGUACCAGGAGGACCAAGUGUGGCCUGCAGUACAGCCACUGCUAUUGAGUGGGAUGCUGAGUGGUCUAAGAAUCUUGACCCAUCUGGCAGGGCUGCCCUAGGAGUCCACAACUCGGCUUAUGAGAAUCAGGCCGCUGUUCCGAGUGGACUAGGGCCUGAAAUCAUUGAAAAUGUUCCCCACAUGAAAGUUGGUACCCAAGGAGUUGCAAUUGCAAGCUAGUAUUCCCUGCUGGAGGACCCAAACAUCUGCAAAUUUGAGGGUAUGCCCUGCAGAUUCAAGGGUCAUGGUUCUCAGAAUUACAAGACUUUAAGAAGAUAAUGAUGCCUAAUGUAUUAUAGUUAUAGUCAUCAUGUAAAAGUUGUUGAAACUGUAUCAUCCCCUCUAUGGUGGAUUAAGCUGUUAAGUUUUAUAAUCUUGUUGUUUUUACGUUUUAUAAUCAUGUUGUAAUUUUUGAAAGGAUCAUGUUGUAUUUUAUCAGAACCGAGUUUUCGGAGUGUGUUUAUCUAAUGUUUGAAGAUU